AAAUUUUCUCUAAAUUAACGACUAAGGGGCCUAAGGUUCCUUAGUCGUUUAGCAAUACCAUUAGACUAUAACCAUGUUCUCAAAAUUGUAUAGCAGUGCCAGCGUGGCGUGGCGCCCGGCGUUACCGGCGCCUAUGGGGCCUCGGCACACCACACCCAGUUUCCUGGCACCUAGGACCCCACCUCAGGUGCCAGCACGCCUGAUGAACUUAGGUCUAGCCAGCCAGUAUAGCAACAACAGGAUACCCGACAGGCUUAGAAUGAUGUACGCUAUGAGACACUACUGGGAGACAAUUCCGUUGUUCGUUGUGUGCAUCUUUGAUAUAUUCAUCGUGUUUGGGGCAAUCCUUUACGCUUGUAGAAGUCGGGUCGACUUGCAAUUCGUCCACAAUCAAAACAACUCGAUCUCCCGCACCAUGGACAUGCGGAACCCCACGAUCCACAAGCACAUAGUGCACUACCAGCGCUACGAGCCAUGGCCGGAGCUGCACGAGGCGCUGGAAAAGAUGGCGGUGGCCGAGAAACGGUUGAAGACUCGUAUGGAAUCGUGCGAGAAACCUUAG